AUGGCUAAAGCGUUAGUAGAAAAAGCAUCUAAGUUAUCUAAACCUGAUAAUUCGUCUGUUAGAGCCUGUGCAUAUUAUGGAGAUAUAGAUGAAAAACAGCGACAAAAAGACUUUUUUGAUAUUAAUGUUAUAGGCCACUUUGAUAUAGUCAUAGCUAUUACAAAUAUUGCCACCCCAGUUCAUAAAAAUUCUAAUGAACUUUUUCGUCCACCAGGCUGUGAAAAUAUUCGAGCAGAACUAGCAAAUGCUCGGCCUAAUAAUUUACCUACAUCAAUAAAGGGUCACUGUGAAUGGGAUAGCAACGCCAUUUCUUAUAAAAUUGAUGAAUCUCCUGCUGUAAUAACAUUCAUUGAAGUUGAGCAUCAUAAACGCCUUUUUGCAAGAUAUUUUAUUGAGAAACUUUGCAGUCUUAUAGCCAGUACUGGUGCUUCUCUCCAACUAAUAAAAAUGGAUGAGAGCCGAGAAGUUAUAGGAAAUCGCAAAAAAGUCCGCAAUGAGGUUAGGGUUGAAACACUAGUUAUUAAGGAAACAGAUUUUGAUGCGGUUGCUACUUCCCGGAAUCUUGAUCCUGAAGAAGCUGAAAAUCUUAAGUUUGACCAAGAGCGCUCUAUCCCAGAUACUAUGGCACAAACAUUUCUAUAUCAAGGCUAUAAUGAAAAAAGUGCAAUGAAAGGGUUAGAGGCCAAAGAUAUUGCGCAAUGGGAAGAUACCUAUUAUAAAGCUGGAUAUAAUUCUGAGAAAUCAGUAGCGGAGGACUUGCACAAAUCAUAUUCAGCUAAUCAUUGA